AUGAAGGAAUCCACAUUUGAGUUUACUGAUGAGUGUCUGCAAGCCUUUAAAACUUUGAAACAGAAGUUGACUUCAGCACCUGAUAAGAAAGACAGUGAAAACAUGGUAGCGGACCACCUAUCUCGGCUUGAGGACACAGAACGGACAGAGACAGUGGAAAUAAACGAAAUCUUCCCAGACGAACAGAUUUUUGGUGUGAUGGAAACACCCUGGUGUGACCGAUGUCAGCGCACGGGUAACAUAUCUAGAAGAAAUGAGAUGCCUUUGAAUAUGGCUGUGGAUUAUGUAUCGAAGUGGGUCGAGGCUGUUGCACUACCUACUAAUGAUGGGAAAGUGGUGAUUGAGUUUUUAAAGAAGAACAUUUUUACCCAAUUUGGAACACCAAGAGCCAUAAUCAGUGACGGGGGCACACAUUUCUGCAAUCGUCAGUUCGAGCAGUUGUUAGCAAAAUAUGGCGUUAAGCACCGUAUAGCCACUGCAUACCAUCCCCAAACCAGCGGACAGUUUGAGAGAGAAUAG